AUGGGUGAGGAUGUGACUAAAGGCAAAAAGCGUAAAAAGAAGAAAAAGAAUCCUGUGAAAAAACCUGUGGAAACAAUAAUGAAUGAAGUGAAAUCUGAUGAUGUUUCCAUAAAACCUGGUCCUAGCGAGGAGCAAAUGCAAUCUGAGGAAAGACCUUCUGAAGUGAAGAAGGAUGAGAUAUAUCCAGAACAGGAAUGUGUGGUGCCAGACCAUGUUUCAGCUACAGAAGAGGAAUGUAUGGUGCCAGAUGAAGUUUGUGCUGAGAGUGAAAUCCAGAGAGGAACUUCACCUAAACCUAAGUUUAAGAGGCUAACAAUUUUGCAGUGGAUAGAUCAGGAUGAUGAUGAUGAAGAAGAUAAUGAUGAAGACGAAACAAAUCUAGAACAAACACUACAGGCACCAGAGAAAAAAAUGGUGCCAUUGACAGAAUCGCAGAAAGAGACAUCUGUGAUUCUUGACAUGGCUUUGGAACAAAUACCUUUAAAACCAAGUGCAGAGGCACCAACUGAAACCACUUUGCCAGAAACUAGUAUAAGCUCUCCUCAGCAAGAUAUGGAAGCUCAGGAAGAGCCACCUAUGGUUUCUAAAGCUAAACUGUAA